AUGGGAAGAAAAAUCUUGUUUAGUUUUCCACUUCUUUUCUUAUGCAUGAGAUUUUCACUAUCUUUGGAGCAGAUAUUUGCCAGGAAGGACGUAAGCUUCAUUUCUCGAACACCUUCAAAUAAAGAAGUGGUUACAAAGAGUGAUCAACAGAGUAAUGGAGAUAUGAAAACAGUCCAGAAUUUCACAAUACCAGUCACACAGGCUCUCAAUGACAAUGUGAGCAAAAUCAGGCGUUCAGAAAAAGAACACUGGAAUGCAUUCAGCCAUCAUAACCCCGUUAAUGUCUCCAUUGAUGGAAUUCCCUGCAUUCUUUUCUGGGCCAAAAGAAUCACAAUUAAAUUUAAGAAUCAGACCUGGCUGGACUUUACAGAUGAAUCAUUUGGUCAAAAGACAGCAGUGGACACUGGCAACUCAACAUGUAGUGACGAAAGUGCAGUAUUGUCUCUGAAGUUUGGUGAGACUGAAAUUCCAAAAGACAUUGGUAUAAGAUUCAUCCUCACCAAUUACAAGAAGUUGUCCAGCCAGAGUUGGUUUAAUUUGCACAGAGUUGAGAUUAUUUUCAACAAUUCGAUCCAAGCAACUUUUAAUGCAACAGAAAUAUAUGCCCUGUCAAGUUAUUCCUACCACUGUCAGCGCGUCAGCAACCUGCAGCGCCAUGAUGCCCUCCUGUUGCCCAGUGACACAGAUGGCACGUCAAGUCUGUGGGAAGUCACUUUUAUUGAUUUCCAGAUCCAAGGCUUUACCAUCAAGGAGGGGCAGUUUGGCAAGGCCCGAGAUUGCACCUCUUUCUUCUCACCAGCCAUUCUGAUUGGCUUAGCUAUGUCCCUGAUCCUUCUGCUGGUUCUGGCCUAUGCCCUGCACAUGCUCAUCUAUCUGCGAUAUCUGGACCGGCACUACGACUUCAUCACUUCUCCUGCCCACUUCCCACCACUGAGAGCAAGAGACAUGGCAGAGGAGAAAGAGCUACUGAGGAGCCAGGGGGUUGAAUGCUAUGAACUGAGGAGCCAACAGAUCUGUAAAAUCUAUGUGUAA